UAGGAGAUAAACAGUUCUCAUUUUCCAGGCAUAAAAUGUAACUCCCUUUCUCAGAAAUGAGCUGUUGAUUGUUAAUUCCACUAGAAAGCUGGGAUCCACCUGUAAUCAUUCACUGGGGUACAGGACCUGGAGAUCACCGUGGCACUCUCAGCACUGAACAAGAAGCAAAGUCAUUGCAAGCACUUCCAUCUUUCCUUGAGGAGAAAAAUGAGCUGGGUGUUCUUACGUGAUCUGCUGAGUGGAGUGAAUAAAUACUCAGCAGGAAUUGGAAGAAUUUGGGUAGCUGUUGUGUUCCUGUUCCGCUUACUGCUUUAUGUUGCUGCCGCAGAAAACAUCUGGAAACAUGAACAUGAUGAAUUUGAGUGCAAUAUCAAGCAGCCUGGUUGUGAAAAUGUCUGCUUUGACCAUUUCUUCCCUGUCUCUCACAUCAGAUUUUGGGCUUUGCAAUUAAUCAUGGUCUCCACCCCUUCACUCUUGGUUGUCUUUCAUGUUGCUUACAGACAGAACAGAGAGAAACACCACAACCAGAAACUUUACAAAAAUCCAGGAAAGAUAGAUGGUGGAUUGCUGUGCACUUACCUAAUCAGCCUCAUUUUAAAAAUAGGACUUGAAAUAUUUUUUCUUGUUCUGUUCUAUAAAUUGUACAACGGAUUCAAAAUACCACAUCUUGUGAAAUGUGACAUAAAACCAUGUCCCAAUAUUGUAGACUGUUAUAUUUCCAAACCCACAGAGAAAAUGAUUUUCCUCUAUUUUCUAGUGGCAACUUCAUGCCUGUGCAUUGUAUUAAAUCUAAGUGAACUGAGUUAUCUGAUGUUCAAAUACUCCAUAAAAUGUUAUCUGAAGAGACACGUGAAGAAGCAGCAAGGCUCAAAAAGCAAUUGCUGCGAAUCAGAACUCAUCAGGCACAACAGAGCAGCAGCUGCAGGGCGACUCCACAACAGCUCAUCAUCCUUGCCUCUGAAUAUGCAAGAUGAACAUGAAAAACAUUCCCCGCUGACUUGA